CGAUGUCCUACCACAUACAUAUUUUUUCAUCCAACUAAUUCUGCAAGCGUACAAUUUUGUAUUCAGCUGUAGGACUCUUAGAAUUUACAAAUCAUCCAGGCCAGAAAACGCCCAAACCGCAAUGCCGCGCGACUACGACAGAGAUUACAACGAGGAUGCCGCCGACUACAAGCGGAAGCGACGCGACGAGGAGCCAGCGGCUACCGGUGCUCCAGAGACUCCUGAGGCGGAUGGCGGACACACGACCAGCCACGCCGCCCUCCGGGACACGCCCCAGCUAAAUGAGAAGACCAACGCGUAUCUGCAGGAGUGCCUGCUGGAAAAGAAAACGCUCGAGAAGAAGCACAUCAUCACCAAGCGUCUGCUUGACGACGAGGUGGAAAAAAUCUUGGUCAGCGGCCGCAUACCAAAACCCGAGAUCUAUGCCAACGUGUACAGCGAAAAGCCCAUCCGUGUGGCCCAGAAAGUGUUGUUCCCCAUCAAAGAAUACCCCAAGUUCAAUUUUGUUGGCAAGAUCCUGGGCCCCAAGGGCAACACACUGCGUCAGCUGCAGGAAGAGACUAUGUGCAAAAUGGUGGUAAUGGGGCGCAACUCGAUGCGCGACCACGGUAAGGAGGAGGAGCUUCGCAGCUCCGGAAAUCCAAAGUACGCCCAUCUCAGCCGCGAUUUGCAUGUGGAGAUAUCCACAGUGGCGCCACCAGCGGAGGCCUAUCACAGGAUCAGCUAUGCGCUGGGCGAGAUCCGCAAGUUUAUGAUACCAGAUGCCAACGACGAUAUUCGAUUGGAGCAACUACGCGAGAUGGACGGCAAGGAGCGCAUGUACAAGAAGUCUCACCACUAUUCAAAGUCAUAUGGCGAUCAUGGCGCCUACAGUUCCCGCACCCCGCCCCCUGCUUCUUCGAAGCCCAAAGUCUAUUCGAUUCUGGAGAAGGCACGAUAUGUGAUGGACGAUCCCAACUAUGGGAUCGUAAAGACGCACAGAUCACGGGACCACGAGCUAUACGAACACCAUGGAGAAUAUGAUCGCUAUGCCACACCGCCGCCCCAGACAUCGAAGCACUCGACCCACCACGCCCAGUAUGACAGUAGCUCCUACGAGCGCGACUAUAGGCGUGAGUAUCACCCCCACUCGUCCUCCUCUUCCUACGCGGCGGCCUACCCAGCAAAACCAAGCAACGGUCGUUCAUCAUCGUCAUAUCGACCAACCACCUCGGGCUCGGGAUCACAUUCAUCUGCUCACUACGAAACUGGAUCCCGAUCUCGAGAAAGCGUGCGAUAUCGCUCGGCUCCAUAUCCGAAAAUACGUUAACCCAUCGAUUUUCCAAAACACCAAGAAACCAACCCCAACCACAACUACAACAACCACAACUAAACAAAGUUAAGCAUAAUGAAUAAAAUAUAUUCCAACGAAUUAUCAAAAAAAAUGUUUGAAGUCAACAAUCCAACUAUGCACACCUAUUAAAUAUACUAUAUAAACGAAAAUCAAAUAAAAAACGUAACUUUUUAUUCCAAUUAUUGUCCAAUA